CCCUCGGGCCGCUCCUCACGUUCGCCCGGCUCACCUCGCGGCCGGCAGCACCGAGCCGAGUGGCCCAGAAGCGAACAAGAGUCCAGCGGAGCUCAGUGUAGCCCAGCCACACCGAGUAGCCGGACUGACUGACGUGACGUCCGCCACCAUGAAGAGGGACCGGUUCGGCCGCUUCCUGUCUCCCGGGACGGCUCGGCAGCGCGGAGGCUCGGGUGGCAGCGGUGGCAGCGGCGGCCGGCCUCGGGGUCGUCCCUCGCGCACUGGCGGGCCCAGCGCGGCCGGGGCGGCGGUCUUAGCGGCGGCGGAGGCGGCGGCGCAGCUCAACUGGGGCCCGGCGCGGUCUUGCGGGGACGCAGGCGAGGAGGGCGCGGACGAGAGCGGAGCAGGCCGAGCUCUUGCCAUGGGGCACUGUCGCCUCUGCCAUGGGAAGUUUUCCUCACGGAGCCUCCGAAGCAUCUCUGACAGGGUGCCUGGGGAGAGCUCAGAGAGACCAUCCCCAGGGGAGCGUAUCUUCAUCAGGGAUUUCCAGCGCCUGCUGGGUGUGGUUGUACACCAGGACCCAGCCCUGCCUCAGUUUGUCUGCAAAAACUGCCACGCCCAGUUCUACCAGUGCCACAACCUCCUCAGGUCCUUCUUGCAGAGAGUCAACGUCUCCCCAACCGGCCAGCGGAAGCCUUGUGCAAAGCCUGGUGCUCAGCCCCCCACAGUGGCGGAGGAGGGAGCCUGCAUGGUGGAUCUGAUCACCUCGAGCACCCGGUGCCUACACAGCUUGGUGGGCUGGGUACAUGGACAUGCAGCCAGCUGUGGGGCCCUGCCCAGCCUCCAGAGGACGCUGUCUUCCGAGUACUGCGGCCUCAUCCAGGCUGUGUGGGGCUGUGACCAGGGCCACGACUACACCAUGGACACUGACUCCAGCUGCAGAGCCCUCUUGUUGGACAGUGCAUUGGCAGUGAAGUGGGCAUGGAAUAAAGAGACUACACCACAGCCGGUUCAGAACUCAGAGACCAAUUCCGCUGGGGCUGCCUCUCAGCUCUGCCAGGCCAGAGAACUCCCAGUAGGGGCUGAGAGCAAGAUGCUGCCCAGCUUGGAUGUGGCCUCAUCGCCCUCAGAUGGACACCCUGUGGGACCUGGGCCAGGCUCCCACACUCAGCCAAGCUUGGCCCCCAGUGAGGCCCCAGGGCAACUGGGUGAGAAGCAGGUUCUGUCUUCAACCUCGGAUGAUCGGGUAAAAGACGAGUUCAGUGACCUUUCUGAGGGAGACUUCCUGAGUGAAGAUGAGAAUGACAAGAAGCAAAACCAACAGUCCUCGGAUGAGUCCUUUGAGCCUUAUCCAGAAAAGAAAGUCGCUAGUAAGAAAAGUGAGAGCAAAGAUGCCAGGAAGGCUGAGGAACCAAAAAUUAGAAAGAAACCUGGGCCCAAGCCUGGAUGGAAGAAAAAGCUCCGCUGUGAGAGGGAGGAGCUGCCCACCAUCUACAAGUGUCCUUACCAGGGCUGCACAGCUGUGUACCGUGGGGCUGAUGGCAUGAAGAAGCACAUUAAGGAGCACCAUGAGGAAGUCCGGGAGAGGCCUUGUCCGCAUCCUGGCUGCAACAAGGUAUUCAUGAUUGACCGCUACCUACAGCGCCAUGUGAAGCUCAUCCACACAGAGGUACGCAAUUACAUCUGUGAUGAGUGUGGGCAGACCUUCAAGCAGCGGAAACACCUUCUUGUUCACCAGAUGCGCCACUCAGGAGCCAAGCCACUCCAGUGUGAGGUCUGUGGGUUCCAGUGCAGGCAGCGAGCAUCCCUCAAGUACCACAUGACCAAACACAAAGCAGAGACUGAGCUGGACUUCGCCUGUGACCAGUGUGGCCGGCGGUUUGAAAAGGCUCACAACCUCAACGUGCAUAUGUCUAUGGUACAUCCUCUGACCCAGACCCAGGACAAGGCCUUGCCCAUGGAAACAGAACCCCCACCUGGGUCUCCAAGCCCCACCGGGACUGUGGAGGGCCAGGCUGUGAAGCCUGAGCCUACCUGAGGACUGUAGGUGGAACACUGGGCAUAUCGAGCAGCUUGAACUAAGCAGGUAUGAUUGAGGUUUAAAGACUCUUCACUCCCUGGGCAGUUCUGUUGCUCUUUGGAGCCCACACUGUGACCCACCCCACAUGUCCAGAAGUCACACGUGGGGAUGGCACUUCUCCCAGGGAGAGGGAGGUGGGCUUGGCGUGUAUGUGUAGCCUUUAUGGUCUGCUUUGGGACCAGCAGUUUAUUUUCCUAUGAACACUGAGCAACUUGGGACAGGCACAGAUUAUGAAUAAUUGAUUGAUUUUCCCAACUAGAGCAAUCAAGGAGAUUUGUAAUCCACUUUCUAGUGUAACUGGAGCUCCAUGUUAUGCUUGCAAUAAAUUAUUUACAAAGGAGA